AUGUCUCUUGCUAAUGAAAAUUCAAUACAAUGUGAGGAUGAUGAUGAUUUUUUCACCUGUCGGGUUAUUCACGAAGAACGGUCAAAUGAUUUUUUAGUAGAACCUGAUUUUUUUUUGGAUGAUUUAGAACCAUUAGGAAUUUCUCAAGAACAUAAAAAGUUUAGAAUUCAAAUAGUUAAAGAAUUGAUUAAGGAAGCAACUCAAAACCCAUUAAAAAGAAAUACUCGUAAUGGAGAAAAUGGAGAGACAUCUGAAAAGAAAAAUGACAAUAAAAGAUUUCGUGUUUCUGACAUUUUUGAAUUACCAGCAACUCCAUUAAAAAGAAAUACUCGUAAUGGAGAAAAUGGAGAGACAUCUGAAAAGAAAAAUGACAAUAAAAGAUUUCGUGUUUCUGACAUUUUUGAAUUACCAGCAACUAGAUUAAUUGCAAUAAAUUCGCAUAAUGGACGAGCCCACACAACCCAAACCAACAGGAUCAAAACAAAUAACAAUAUUAAUACUAGGGUCAGUAACAUUAACACCAAUAAUUCUAAAAGUAUAACUAAAUCAUUGUUAUCACUACCAUCGCCACCAGUCUCAUCGUCAUUAUCUGACGAUGUAUAUCAACGUUUUCGAUCUAGAGAGAUGUUGAGGUGGACACAGGAGGAAACUGAUUUGUUGGAGAAAGCGGUUGUCAAACACGGGACUGAAUGGGAAUUAAUAUCAGUGGAAUAUUUCAAUUGCAAAAAAGACACUGCAGCUUUAUCACGAAAAUGGAACUACAUUAGAAAAAAUAAAUCACUGUUAUAUUACGAUCGAUGGACAGAGGAAGAAGAUAAGAAACUGAAAAUGCUUACUAAAAAGCAUGGAACAAACAAUUGGAGCAAAAUUGUGGAACAGUUUAAUAAUACACGGAAUCUACUACAAAUUAAAAGACGAUGGGAACAACUAGCAUGGAAAAAAAAAGGUAAAUGGUUACCGGAGGAACAUGCGAUGUUGACACUUUUAGUAGAACAGUAUGGGUUCAAGUGGAAUGCUUUCUCAAGAGUUCUUGGUAGACCACCCGGAACUUUACGACUAUACUAUGACUAUGCCAUAGCCAAUCCACCUUGGACGAAAGUUGAAAAUGAUCAAUUGUAUCAGGCGGUGAAGGAUCAUGGCGAGGAUUGGGAUAAUAUCAAAGAAUUGUUUCCUUAUCGAUCAAAAAAUAACCUUAAAUAUCAUUAUGACAGAUCAAUAUCGGUUAAUCCUUUAAUUAAAAAAGGAAUUUGGUCUGAAGAAGAGAUUAGGGCUCUUGAGAUUUCCUACAGUAAGCAUGGAAAGAAAUGGAGAUUGGUUUCUGCUGAUGUUGGUACAAGAUCUUCGAUCCAAUGUAGAUUACGAUUUAAGGCUUUAACACGCGAUUCAAUUUCGGCGUCUUUAUUAAAUAAUCAUACUUUUCCUUCUGCUUUAUCCACCACGACUACCGUAACCGUAACCGCUGUUGCUACUUCACCCUAUCAAUCAUCACCUACUACUACUGACAUACAUGGACAAUCAUCUUCAUCGCAACAGCAAGAAUUACCACUACAGCAAGUACAUGAAUUGUCAUCAUCACCAUUAUUAAAAAAAGAGCAAGAAGGACAAGAGAAAAUGCAUUAUCAUUCCCCUCAAAAUGAUGAUGAUCAUCAAAAUUUUCCACAAAGAGACAGAUUUCAACAGUUUAACACUACCAAUUCACAUAUUUCGUAUGAAGAAACUAGCAAUAAUACAAAUGAUGAUGAUCUAUUACAAUUUAUUAUUAAUCCUUGUUUAUUUAAUAUUGAAGAUGGCAAAAAUGAUGAUUUGAUGAAAUUUCAACAACAACAAAAUUCAUCAUCGAGUAAUUCUGUAGAUAUCUUUCAUUUAAUAGAAAAUGAUGAUUUAAAAAAUGACUUGAUUAAUUUAUCAUCGCCGUCAUCAUCACUAACACUUCAGCCACGGUCUUUGCUGUUAACAUCAAAAUUAUCUCCUUCAUCAUCAACCACAACAAUCAUAGCUAAUAAUGAUAGUUUAUCUGAACGAGCAAACCAAUUUUCAGAAAAACGACCGCUCAUAUCUACAAUAUCUUAUAAUGAUGAUGGUGUUGAUGACGAUAGUACAACAACUACAUAUCCAUAUCAUCUUCUAUAUUUGAUCAAUGAACAAAUUCGAGCAACAUGCAAAAGUCUU